AUGCCCCGCAGUGCCCUGGUGAUUGUGCGGUAUGGCCCAUGUGAUUGUUGUGGAAUUGUCAAACAUAGGACUUUUCAUUUGGAGGGUCUUCAAGCCGUCUUGAAGGAGGAGGGGCAUCGUUGCGUCCUGGAGAAGGUCGCUGACUGGAACAAGGUGGAGCUUAUUGUCAACGGGGAAUGUGUUUAUACAUGCAGCAUAGCAGACCUCGAAUUUGGUGGAGAUGGAAGGCUAGAUCCGCUAUGCCAGGCAGCUAAAACAUCUGUAAAGAACGCGUACUGA